AAGUAAUAGUACAAACGAUACUCUCGCGAGACUUCUGUGGUCCUCAUGCGGAAACGUCACACGAUUAUUUGCUACUUGAAGGCGAUGCCGUGAGCUGGUUUGCGACCAUGAGUGAACUGUUUGACUGUGUGCAUCCAGCCGCAUGGAGGAGAGUUGAAGGCAAAUAUUGGGACGUGGUGGAGGCCAAGAGCAAGAGCAAGAGCAAGAGCAAGAAACCUGGCAAGCUUCUCCAACUUGACAAGUGGUACCAAGAGGAGCUGCCGGCUGUCAUUUCAGGUCGAUGUGAUAAACAUGUCACUCUGUCAGAGGUGGUCAAGCUGAUGGAGUGGAAGCUCACUAGGGGGAAGUUCAGGCCUCGUCUGCAGCAGCUCGUGUCUUCAAACAGCGAGGAGACAGUGGACAAAUGUUCCAGAAAGGCCUUCAGCCUCUUGCCCGAUGUAGCGGCGGCCAUCGCAGAGCUCGGCUCGCUGAAAGGAGUCGGGCCGGCCACCGCGUCAGCGGUGUUGGCCGCAGCAGCUCCCGACCAGGCCGCGUUCAUGUCGGAUGAAGCCACGGAGAGCGUGCCGGGGCUCCGACCCGUCCGGUAUACAGCCAAACACUACACGCUCUACCUGGACAAGAUGGUGGACAUGACCAACAGACUUAACAAAGCGGACCCUCAGCCUGAUUGGACGCCCCAAAGGCUUGAGCGCUGUUUGUGGGCGCUAACCGUCGCUAAGCAACAGCAGCUCCCGAUUCUUGAGGAUCUUGACGUGAAGGGCGGCAGUGUGGUGGAUGCUGAUCACAGAGCAACCAGGAAACGUAAAAGAUGAAGUAAUAACUGUGAAAUAUGUUUUUGUACUUCAGUAGUAAUAAAGUCUUUU